CAGGACAGUACCACAUUACCCCCAAAGGCGUUCCAGGCUGCGCUGGAACUCUCGCAGCUACUGGAUACCGGGCUUGACAAGGAUACUCUUGCCAUUCUGCUAGAACUCCUGGACGCCGGAGUCAACCCGGAAGCACUCGCAACCGUGGUGCGCGAACUCCGGCGCGAAGCGGCU